UGAGAAUGUGAUGACAGUUGUCCUUUAAGCCCCAGAUAAUUUUUAAGCCUAGAGACUCCCCUGGAAUGAUUGGUUGUUUGGCACUAAAUCACAAAGCUCACAUAUAAGCUAGAGAGUUAAUUACUUUACAAGCUUCUUUUUUUUGUGUGCUGACUGCUUUGUACAUUGCUCUCUGCAUCUUAAUACGGUCAUCUCAAACUUGUGUCUUUUUCUGUAUAAACUGCAACUUCUAUCUAAUGAAUGUCCUUUAGUGUAUGGCUUUGAGUUUUAAUUUGUUCUUAUGUAAUACUCAGUGCACGGAUUCAGAUGGGCCAGCUGUGAACAGGGCCAGAGCAUGGUGUGACAUGAUGGAUAUUCCUUAUUUCAGGUGAGAUAUCAUAAGCCCAGUUGGUUGUUACUGUUAGGCAUCCUAGUUUUCUGCUUAGAUGGUAUAAAGAUAUAACACCCCAUUCACCAUAGCAGCAUGCUGUAGUGAAUAUGGUGCCAGAGCAGUCUUGGUGCCUCUCAUUUUAUGGAGUCAAGUCAUUUUAGAACAGUUUGACUUCUUACAUGGAGUACGCCAGACACCGCUCGCAGAUUUUAUUUCCUAUGGAGAGAAGGAUUCAGAAAAGAGAGGAGGUAAAACAGAAUGUUUAUUUUUCUUCUCCUCCAGUGCAAAGUGCGUCCUGACUGGAUGUUAGUAGUUUAAUGUGAUUCUGUUAUAACAAAAUAACUUCCCUUGCCUCAAAUUGCAUAUAAUGGGGCAGAGCUUGCUACAACACUGCACCAGACGCCAUUUCUAGUAACUCCCGACAAACUUUUAUAAUCUGGGCGAUAUCAGCGAAACUGGCACCCAUCCAGCCUUGCAAACCACACAACCAGAACCAGCACGGCAAGCUGCGUCGAUAGAUGCCAUUCUUUCAAGCCCAAAAGUUGGCCCAAGCGGGAGUCAUUCCCAACCCAGAGUAGGGAUGACCAGAGACCCCUCUGAACACAAGGGCAACACAGCCACAACAGCUUAAAUCCUCUGAUGACUCCAGCCACCAAGGGAGAUCUAAAACUCCUGCUAGCCGACAUCCACAAGCUCUUAGCAGCCAAUUCGGCCCUCCUCAAGACAGAAGUGCAAGCGGUCACUGACCGAUUGAAAGCCAUGGAGGAAGACGUGGUGGACAUUAAAUCUCACCUAACAUCACUUGAUGAAAAGGUAAAACAUAUACAGCAACACCAGAAACUCAUGGCACUCAAAAUGGCAAUCAUAGAGGCAAAGGCACACACACACUAAAAUUAGGGGAAUCCCCACCUCCAACUCGGCAGAGGAGUUGCCGCACUUCAUGAGGUGUCUUCUGACCACUAUACUCCCCCACGCAGCUGCAAGGAAAAUCGCAAUUGAUAGAAUCUAUCACCUCCUGAACUACACACGCCUGAAGUCCCCUGCAGCCCGAAAUGUAAUUCUACGUUGUGUUACAGUCCAAGACAAGCUCCAUAUCAUGGCUGAGCUUAAUGGCCAAACACCCAGACCCAGAACUCACCUUUUAUCAGGACUUGUCAAGGGCCACUCUACUACGGUGCAAAUCGUACGGCCCGGCCACCACACCACUACGCAUAGCAGGCGUAGCCUACAGGUGGGGAACAGGAGGCACCUUGGCAGUUACCCACUCAGGGACAACACACGUCCUCACCUCAAUGGAUGAAGCCACUAUCUUUCUGGAAAUCCUUGGCUUGUCGGAUGAGACCACACCGAGGCCUGCGAAGAAUCAUGGAGAUUCCAUGAACACUUAGAUUAACCUCGGUCUGACUGUGUCGGACUACUUCCCAAUAAUUUACCACACCAAAUUAGAUGUUAUCUUUUAUUGUUUUCAUUUUUUAUGUGUUUUCCCUUUUUAAUCACUCCCGUAUACUGAGGUUUCAGUUCUUAGGGCGCAUAACUCAGACCAACAUCCAGACACACACCUAGGCAACCAUACGGGUACAAGACCCCACGACCUCGACUAUUUUGAGGACACCCCGACAGGCUCCUAUCUCUCACACCCCCCCGCAUCCUCCUUGGUUAGGGGUUCUCACCCUCAAUGCAGAGGCAGAGAAGGGCAUUCCAAACACCAGAAUUGCCAACAAACCCGUCACACCUGACACGAACGCAAUGUCAACGAUCCCUGCUUACACUAGACACAGCGUGACUCAGACAUGACCAUAGACACACUAAACAAAAUCAAUGCCCUCACGAGAGCAGACUACCAGCCUGACGCCCUGCUGAUAAAGGACACCACAGUGUCCUACAACUACCCGCCUGCCCAGCAUUCGCUCCACCACAACUAGCUUGUUACUUAGUAGAUACUAAAUUCCAUCACACAGGCUACAUACCUGCACAUGCAAACUAUAGAUAAACCCAGACCAAGAUUCCUCGCACUUGACCAGAACCUCUCGGCUCCGCUGGGCCUACUCCACUAGGUAGAUGUGACCAACUAAACUGUUUACUGUUUCUGUUUUGUCUUAUUAAAAAAUGUCUUUCUGUGCCAUGCUAAUGUUACACCACGUAUACUACAUCAAUGCUUGAUAAAUCUGAUAUGCCAGCACAUGCUUGUUUGAAAACAUUUUGCACUUCAAAAUAAAGCAUUAAAAAAAAUAAUAAAUUCAAUACGCCAUAUAUCACAAAUAUACAUGGUGUAUUCAAUGUAAAAUAUUAACAUAUACUCACCUUGCUUUCUCUACUGUUUUCAGCGCUGCCAUCUUCUGAAUUUUGUCGGUGUUACUCUUCUUGUAACACUCGCCUCUGGUCCUUGUCCUCUCCUCCUAUGGUCUUCUUUCAUUUGCCCUGCUCUCGAAAUAUUUCCCUAAUCAGGGGAUACCUCCUCAAUGACACUUAUUCGCUGCCUUCAUUGCCAGCAUGCCAGCACUGGCAGUGUUGUCUAGAGAGUUUCCAUAGCAAUCGCAGCACAUACACUAAUGCAUCUAAGUGUGAGUGACCUAUUUUUAAUAGAUAGUAUCAAUCUGUACAUUUGCUAGAAUAUCUGCCAACACAAUGUAUAGAUAGAAUUUAAUGCCCUUUCUGAGGAGCAUUACUAGUUUGGUGCAUGAUUAGUGUCCUUUAACCUUUAAUUUGCAUAUAGAAGGGUAUUGCAUGAAAGAAUAAUGCCAUCAGUAAGUGAUUUCCAUAAAAAAGUGACUAAUAUUAAAAUAAAAGACAAUAUAUUCAACGGUGAAAUGAAAAUAGGAACUAAAGCUAUCCAAAUUAUAUUUAUAUUUUACUGCUCAGUGUAGCUUCCGUCACUAGUGUAUAUUGUUCAUAUCUGAAUAUUAAAUGAUAUGAUGCCUCUUCUCUGAUAUCCCUGUACCUAGGCUCAGCCCACAGCUAGAGACAGAUGUCAUGUUGGAUGAAGUUAGUGACGAAGUGUUGGUUAACAUGCUUUGGGAAACACAAAUAUACAUCUUCCAGCAGAGGGACGUCUGGCACAAACUGGCAAAGAUAUUACUUGAACCCUGAGCCCUGUUCCCCCGACGUGGACUCAAUAUGAAAGAUGAAUGAAGAUCCUCAAGAACUUUCCAUCCCACAAUGUGCAUGUCUUUGAAGGUUCAUAUUCUGCUCUUAAAUACUUUAAACUCAAUCUACUCUCAAAUGGUUAUUUCUGUGACUCAGGACCAUUCUCCUGCUUUAUCCAAGAGCUCUAAUGAUCCAUGAGAAGUUGUGACUUUGAAACAAGUAUUCCAUUGAAUAGCCCUGAAUACUUUCUUAGUGUUUCUAAUCAUUGUGUGAGAAACAGACUUACUCGUUGUCCCCUCAUUAUUGAUGCCCAGUACAUCAUAUGGUGGUUUGAUGUAAAUAUCUUGCAGCUAUAUAAAAUUUAUAAAUUACAUAGCUAAAACCUUUUAUCAGUGGUUUAACUGCAAAUUAAUUCAUAGGAUGAACGCCCAACAUUUGCUUUCAGUGUCCCAAAAAUUGUGACACAAUAUAGACCUCAAACCAAGAUAAGACACAAAACGUUGUCUUGUACAGGUUAAAUGUAGAAAAUGAAAACCUCUUGAUACAAGUGGAGUUAUUUAUGUCAUGCGUAAGUUAACCUUGCUACAGUCAGUAUUUCUGCUUUUUUAGGCUCAUUCAAAUGCCUUUCAUAACUUGAGGAUAGUCGCACACAUAAUACAUAUUUCACAAUGUUUCUGCACUCUCUACCUCCAGGUUUUUAAUAUUUAAUUGUGAUCGUUUUCCUUUAUGAUGUGUUUUUGUAUGGCUUGUGUUCGAGAGCACCAUUUCUCUUGUGAAUUUACACUACAUAAAGGAUCUGAUAAAGGUUCAGUACUUUAACAAGUACAUGCUAGACUACUAUCCAUGGUGUCUAGAUGUAAAAGAAACAUCGAAGAUAGAGGUGUGUCCAAGCACGUACUGCUCAAGAUGGGCAGUAAUGACAUAGCCAACGCAUCUGAGACUUUCCGAGGACUGGCACUCCAAGAGUAUAAUAAACAUUAACAGUAUUACAGUGCAAUUAUUUUAAUUACACAUAGCAGUCAAAUCAACUGGAAGCAGAAUACACAAAUAGCUAAUGCAAUGUAUUAAAUAAUUUGCACUCCAAAUAUAAGCACGCAGAACAUUCUACUCUAAUACUGAAAAGACGUAUUGAUUAGCAUCCUUGAGUUUACAUUAUUAAUCAAGUCUAUAUACUGUGGAAAAUAUUUCAUAUAAUUAUAAAACUGACUGUUCUAUAUACCGGUAUUCUAAUCAGUACGUAUAGUAGGCUCACAUAUUUGUCUGCUAUAUCUUAAGCAUUAAUAAUGUGUUCCAGUUUUUCAUCCUUAUGAUACAGAAUGUUAAAUUUAAUGAAGAUGCGCCAUGUUUUGGAAGGUGCAUGUUUGUCAUCUUCGGAUAAAAUAUGCUUUCAACACAACAAUAAAGUAGUGAUCUACAAAAAUAUUGUUGUAUGGGUGGUAGUUCGCUCAAAGAGUAGGUGUGUAAGAAGAAACAUUCCAUAACUCCAAGGUAGUGUAAACAACAAAUUGAUACGUUUUGACCAUGGGGAUCAUGCAAAGCAUGAGGACGUCCAGAAUUGUUUCAAGGAGUUAAACACUGUAAAAUGCAGGAAGUGCCUCCAGUGGCUGUCAAUAUAAACAUUGCAUGGCUAUGGGGAUUGAGGCGCUGCACCUAGACCACUUCAAUGAGAUGAAGUGGUCUGGGUGCCAUAGUGUCCCUUUAAAUUGUUACUCCAGGCACUAUGACCACUACAGGGAUUUGGAGCGUUCAUAGUGCAUGGAGUCUGUAUG